AGCCCCAGUCGUCAAGUGCUGCUCUUGGGGGGCGAGGUUGAGAGGGAGGGUGACGCCAAGAAGGGAGAGAAAUACAUGCAUCAAUAGGUUAGGCAACAUAGUUCUCCUCCUGCAAUCCCGUUAUAACGUUGCCUACUCUGUCAAUACGGAGGAGAUAGUGUGAAUUUAAAGAGCCAGGAGAUCUGAUGAAGAUGAAGACAGUCAGUGUGGUGAUGCUGAGCUUGCUGCUCUGCUCAGCUCUGUCGGCCCCUUUGAAAGGUAAAGAAGACUCCCAGAAGACCAUGUUCUUUGGGGAGGACUUCCAUCUGCUGCUGCCCUCCCUGGCUGCAGAGGUUUUGUUCCAGCCCAGUAAUGCCAAGGCGGGGGUUGAGGUGGUCCUGAUGCGGGGUGGGUCCGUGGUCGGUAACCGUGCCAAGCUCAACAGUCAGCUCAGUCACCUGAUCCUAGCGAACGUGGGCGAGGGGGACGAGGGGACGUACUCGGUGAAGAACAACGAACAGCCGGAAGAGGUCCGACGCAUCACACUCAUCGUCAGAGACUGUUCCAAUGAGCAGAACAUUAAGUAUGGGGAGAACUACCACAUCCAGCUGGUGGGGGUGGAGGCUCCCAUCACCCUGGAGUAUAAGCCCAGUGCUGUGGAGGCCAACCUGACCUCCAGGCCGCCCCUGGUGCUGAUGACCCGGGGAGGGCUCUCCAGAGAUGGGUACCAGGGGCGCCUGAGUGUCAAUGAGCACCGGAUCACCCUCAACGCCGUGACAGGCGCCGAUGAGGGAAGCUACACCGUCAGAGACACAAACCUGAAGAUCAUGAGGAAGGUCUGCCUAAAUGUCAAAGAACACCAGAACUUUGUGAAGCUGCCGUACGCUGGCACCCUGAAGAUCAACCUGAUACUGAAUGCCUCCAUGGUGCGUCUGUUCUACACGCCCGACUACGACUUAAAAACCAGACAGAUCAUGGACGGGGGACGGUUAAAGGUGCCAGCAGACCUGGAUCUGGUGGGGCGGAUGUCUCUGGAUCCGUCUGUGGUCAUCCUGGACCAGGUCAAGGCCAGCGACGUCGGACAGUUCAAGGUCACGGACAUACUGGGGUUUCCUGUGUCCAACGUCUACCUGGAAGUGGAGGCCUACAAGCUGCCGUCCCUCUACGUGGCAAUCAUAGCACUGGUGGGCUUCCUGGUUCUCCUGCUGUUGGUGUGUCUGCUGUCCUGCCUGGUCAAGCAGAAGAAGAGGGCAGCCAAGGCCCGAGCCAUCGAGAAGAUUGCCCAAAACGCAGGCAAGGAGGACGAGGGAGAUGCCUUCAGACAGGUGGUGAAGAACAUUACUCAGUUUGAGGAGUCUAUAGCCCAGUCCAUCGACAUCACAGAGAAGUCUCAGAGCACUGAGGUGGACAUUAAAGGUCUGGAGGUGUCAUCCAAGGAGGUGGCAUGUGGUAACCUGGAGACCAGUGACUCAGGGGUGGAGUUUAACACCACUGGCCUCCCAUUGGACACUGACACUGACGUCCCCGACCAGAUUCCAGAAUCAGAGGCUGAGACUGAGAGUGUUGCCUUCGUCCCAGAAACCAAGCCAAGCCCACCCCCGGUUACCAAACCUAGCCCGGUUACCAAAAUCAACAAAAUCCCUGAACCAGCUCCUGAACCAAAGUUGACCAUAACCAAACCCGUUGAGACCAAACUCAGCCCAAUCCCAAGCCCGGUCUCCAAGCAGGCUCCAAGCCCCAUUGCCAAAACACCUGAACCAGCCAAAACUCCUGAACCGAAAAUACCUGAAUUGAAAACACCUGAACCAACCAAAACUCCUGAUUUGAAAACUCCUGAUCCGAAAACACCUGAAUUGAAAACACCUGAACCAGCCAAAACACCUAUUGCUGUGUCUCCAAGCCCGGUGUCCCCUAAGCCAACCCCACCCCUGACCCCUGUCUCCAAACCAACUGCACCCCAACCAUCAACCCCCGAACCCGCCAAGCUGGUGACACCAGCCCCCGAACUCCCCAAGCCGGUGACACCAACCCCGGAAUCCCAAAAGCCUGUGACAUCAAUCCAGACUCCGAUCCCAACCCCAAUGCUGAGCCCUGAACCUGCUCCGACCACCAAUGGCACACCCGAACCACCAGCACCUGAAUCCAAACCUAACACUGCUCUGGCCCCAGUGGGUCUGAUCGAAAGUCCUGUCGCCAAGGCAACCCCGCCUAAAACCCCUGAGGUGGAGGUGACCGCCCCAAGUAGUCCAGCCCUUGAGGCCAAAAUGGACGCCCCAGCUGAGGAAAACAACGCCACCACCGCAACCUGAGAACAGUCCCUGCACUCCUCCAAGGGAAACCCCACAGAUCCAUUAUCGUAUUCUCCUCCACCACUGUAGACAGACAAUCGAACACCCCCCUUACCAAAUAAGGAAGAAAUCACUGCUACUAUCGAGGCUGGGACUUAGAUUUAACACUUCUAAUGCUCAAACAUGCUGUAGGUUGUUAUGAUAGCUAACUCACCUGUACCUAACACUAACAUUAUCUUUGAGAUACUUUUUUCAAUUCACAGAUACUUUUCACAAGAUAGGAAAUAUAAGCAAGCGAGUCCAUUUUGUCAGACGUUUUAGCUGUUGUUGUUUCUUUUUUACAUUUCUAUGCUGCAUACUCUUUUUUAGUGUGUAAACUAGAGCAUGACUGCCGGUCUGCCAACAAAAUCAGUUGCAGAGUUUACAAGUAAAUGUUAAACCUAGCUACUUUAGAUAUGUUUUACUUUCAGGUGUGCAGAAUGGUUCCACACCCUUUUACAAAGAUAUAGGAACUUUAGAAUGGCAAGUGAACAUGACUCAAUCUAAUUCAACUUCAUCUCUGACCACCUACUCCAUUUGUGGAAUGAUAAAACCUUUGAUGAUGCCUGCUCUAAUCUCAGCAUGUGGAAAAACAGACCAAAACGAAAGCACGAACAGCUCAUAAAUUUGCAACGGACAUUUUUUACAUCUCAUAUGAUGAAACCAAUGACAUGAUUUAGCCCCCCCCCAAGGACUUAUAAAAGUGACUAUGACAUAACGUUCUCGUCAAACUGGAUGAAUUUAAAUCAACUUUCUAUCAAACUGGACUGGAUUCCUUCAAUAUCCUUGUGACAUUCUCUAUACGUUUUCCUGAAACCUGGAAUUUUCUGGAAUUUUCCUGCUGGUCCUCUGCCGUCCUAUAGAAACAUCUAGAAAGCUUGAAUGAUGAAACAUCCUGAUACAAAAGAGCAUGGCAUUAUCCCAGCAACACUAAUACCUGAAUGCUGAACUCUAACAUCAAUACCUUCUGCUAAACUAAGUCUAACUUUUGUUUAAAAUGGAUGGUCUCAUGUGAUUGUGCUCCCAACUACUUGAGAGGCUGCAUUUGUUAUAAGGUGUUGGCCAACUCUGACUGUCCCAGUGGAUCUCUAGAAUCAGAUUAAUCGAAGAGAAAAAGCUUGUUUUGAUCCUUGACCUCACCCCAGCACCUGAAGACCCCAAGGACACACCUCAGCACUUUAAGCAAUCCCCAGUGAAUCUUGGGAAAUGUAGUGCUGAUUGUUAUUCUGCUGACUACAACUAUGAGAGUGGGAGAGGGAGAAGAGGAGGGGUCUGAUGAGUGAUGUCAUUGGCUUAGUCCUAACAUUUAAAAAAGGAAUCCUUCCUCCUCUAUGUUCACUUCUGUCCUUCCUUCUGUCCUUCCUUCCUUCUGUACUCCCACUUUUUCUUCCUCUCUUGCUUGCAGCAGGUGGUGAAGUACAGUAUUAUGGCAUGGUUUCAUCUGGCCGAUAGAUGUAGUUUUACUGUAGGUCCUGCCCUCUUGACUUCUCAUUUAUAGAUUAUGGGUCAGCCUUUAUACCCCAUGAUGACUUAUAAAAGUACAGUAUGAAAGUAUAGUCUUCCCUGAGAUAAUAGAACAGACCCAUGUCAGACUAUUCCUUGCCUACACACAUCUACAUGCAUUACAGUUGUCUAUGAACUACAUACUGGAGGCCAACUGUAGAUGUGUUCCACGGCUCUGAUGCCUAGUAUGGUGAUCUCACAGUACAGUAUACAUGUAGUUCUGGUUAUUUGCUCCAGCCUAAGACAGACACUUCACAAAUUAACCCACUAGCAUCCAUCCACAGCACUGGAUAUGAUGUCAAAUCAUGGGUUGAUGUGUUCUAAUAGCCUACCCAAUUGCCAUUGGUCUCUCUGACUGCCCUAAAAAGGUCCUGCGAGAACUUCACUAACUAUUAACUCACUGUACCACCAUCUCCAGGACUGUGCCAUGACACCAUCUGUCUUUAGUUGCUUGAAGCUAUGUUGCUCUAGCCUAGAUUUACAGGGCAAUAAGACUUCGCUGGUGGUUAAAACUCCUGUAGCCGCUAUGUGUUACAGGAGGAGGUGUGCAGAUACAUUUUGCUUAACAAAAGACAUCGCUACCUCAGUGUUUUAACUGACCGUCGUGACAAACACCAUGAAUGGUACAUUGAGUUCAGUGGACUACAUCUAAAAGCAUUUAGGAUUUUUAAGAGAAGCACAAAUAGGAGCCGUGUUAAAUUAACCAACCCAUCAAUCAGUUGUUGGAACACAUAGAAAGUACAUUCAACUUCAAACGAUGGCCUUUCUCUUUCUAAACACUUCCACAAUUCUAAGACGUUUUUUAAUGCUAAAAUGAAUAUGAGAAUAAAAUGAAAGUUAAAAGCCAUAUGGUAAGAUAGUGAUAUAGAUGUUAUGAUUAGUACAGUAUAUGAAUCAUGAUGAAUACAGUAUGAAUACUUUAGUGUUUGAGGUGCCUAAAUUCUUUGCUAUAUUGUCAAUCAACUGAUGUAAGUGAUAAAAGGUCAAUGAUUAUGUAAAAUUAUACCACUGAAGAGAUUUGGCCCCACUCUCAAUCACGAUCUCAAUCACAAUCUCAAUCACGAUCUCAAUCUCAAUCUCGAUCUCAAUCUCAAUCUCGAUCGCAUUGCUCGUCAAGCUCUGUUGUGUGGAGCCAUAACACCCAUUUAGGCAAUACUAAAAGCAGUGUUUAGCUGUUUCUGCACACACACA